AUGGCGUCAACUGCUUCUUUCAAAUCCGACACUCCCCAUUCUUUUUCAUUACCACGCUUUCGGUGGACCUCAACAAACCACCACAGCAACUCCACAGUUUCCCAAUCUACGUCCGAUAAUGCCGAACUCUCUGUAAAUGUCAGGAUCGCUGAUUCUCUCUCCACGCCUGCUUCCCCCCCAUCUUCUUCUUCUUCUUCUCCAUCGCAUUUUUCGAUCCCUAAAUCACUUGACAAGUCCGCGUCAUCGAGUGAUCGAGGCAAGAUUCGAUUAAAGAUUCGCUAUGGGAGGAGCAACCCUGAGGAUGUCGCAGCUACUCAAGCCUCUGUAUCGCUUGUUCCUGAUCAAGCUGAACAAUCGAAGCCAAGAAUCUGGAAUUUAAGGACAAGAAAAGCGUCCACAAAGAAGCUGAACGACGAUGGAAGUGCACCGGAAGUCCCUAUACCGUCGCUGCAGGGGAUGAAAACUCGUUGGGCUCGAUCGCUCCUUCGAGUUGCAUCCACUCCGUCAAAAAUUGUUUCACAAACUUCCAGAUUGGCAGAGAAGAAGAAGAAGAUAAUUUUGUCGAUUCCACUUUCUAAGGACGAUAUUGCAGAGGAUGUGUUUGCAUUGACGGGGAAGAAGCCAUGUACAAGGCCCAAGAAGAGGGCCAAGAAUGAGCAGAGACAACUGGAUGUAAUUUGA